GCCUUCAUUUUCCUCUCUCUUUUUCUCUGCCACCCCUUUACCCCGGAUCUCCCGCCAGCACAACCCGUAGCCGGCCUCCUCCACCCUGCCCUACCUACCUACCCACCCCCAUCCCAAGACCGAGCCCCUCGCCGCAGCGAUGACCUCCCUCGCGCCUCGGCCGCCGUACACCGACGACGAGCUCAAGGCGCUCUACCCCGCCGGCCUGCGGCUGCAGCUCGUGCAGGUGCUGCUGCGCCACGGCGAGCGCACCCCGGUGUCGGCCCGUUUCCAGAACGCCGGCCUGCCCGCCUUCUGGCCGUACUGCAAUGCCGUGCGCCAGCUCAAGUCCGCCGUGCUCGACCCCGGCGCCGGCCGCUUCUCCACCUUCGAGUGGAAGCGCCGCCUCGAGACCUUCGGCCCCGCCGACGAGCCCGUCCUCGCCGCCGGCCCCCGCGGCGAGCUCGACGACAUCUGCGAGAUGGGCAUGCUGACCGACCGCGGCCGCGAGACCACCUUCGAGCUCGGCGUGCGCCUGCGCGCCCUCUACGUCAACCGCCUGCGCUUCCUGCCCCGCCUCCUCACCGAGGCCGACGCCGACGCCCUCUACCUGCGCGCCACCCCGAUCCCCCGCGCCCUCGAGUCCGUCCAGGAGGUCUUCACCGGCCUGUACCCGGUCGAGGCGCGCGCGCCCACCUCCCACGUCCCGGCCAUCGUGACGCGCGCCCCCGGCGACGAGACCUUGUUUCCGAACGACAGCAACUGCCGCCGGUUCGCCGCCCUGUCGCGGGCCUUCGCCCAGCGCGCCGCCGACCGCUGGAACGGCACCGACGAGAUGGCCUACCUGACGAAGCUCUGGGGCAAGUGGAUGCCCGAGGAGUCGCCCCGCGUCGCCGUCGACUCUCGGCCCCGCCUGAGCGGUAUCAUGGACACCAUCAACUCGACGCUGGCCCACGGCCCGGGGACGCGGCUGCCGAGCGAGUUCUACGACCCCAAGGCGCGCGAGAUCGUCGACAAGAUCGGCGUCGAGGAGUGGUUCGCUGGCUACAAGGAGAGCCGGGAGUACCGGACGCUCGGAAUCGGCGGGCUGCUGGGGGACAUCGUGGGUCGGAUGGUGGGCAGUGCCGAGCACGGGGCGCCUAAAGGGGCCGAGGGGGUUACACCCGUCCGGUUCGGACUGAGCGGGUGUCACGAUACGACGCUCGCGGCGAUUCUAGCUAGUUUAGGUGCGUACGAGAACCGGGAGUGGCCGCCUUACACGAGUCACAUUGCAAUCGAGAUGUUCCGAAAAGCCGAUGCCGCCGCCUCUCAGCCGGCCACCUUACCCCCUCAGGGCAAGACGGCGACCCCGCCAACGGGAAGCAACAACGGCAAUGCCAGUUGGUUCGGUUCCCUAUUUUCGUGGGCUUCACCCUCCGGCGGCGCGAAAUCCGGCAGCCAGGCCUCGGGGAUCGGCCGCAAACGAAGCGAGGAGCUGUCCCCGGAGGAGCGAGCCAAGAUAGAGAACUACUACGUACGGAUACGGUACAACGACGAGGUGGUGACGGUGCCGGGCUGCAAGGCCGCGGGAAAGCACCUCGAAGGCGACGAGAGCUUCUGCACGCUUGACGCGUUCAAGGCCGUCGUCGACCGGUUCGUGCCCCGCAACUGGCGGCAGGAGUGCCGCGCCAACGCGCGGGCGCCCGCGUUCCCGGCCGAGCCCGAGCCCGCCGGCUACUGAGAGGAGGCGGGAACGGGCGGGGCAGGACGGGGAAGAAAAACGAACCCCAUAUAUUAUAGGUAUAUACGCACGCGGGUGCUGCCCGGCCGACGUCGGAGAAGCAAGGACAGGAAGAGAGGCGCGGCGCACGGCUAGCGCGUGCGAGCCAUCGUGAGACGACGAGGCAGCUAGCUACCCUACGCCCUGCUGCAAACCCCCCCUUUUGGCCACGCCCCGAGGCGUUCUUAGCAUCCAUCUAUCUACCCGCCUAACCAACCGCCCGUUCUUCUUCUUUGCUGGGGGAGGACACACACACACACACACACA